AUGUUGUCUACAAGUAGACAAGCUUUUCUUCGUCUUGCUAAAAACUAUGCAAGACAAUCUCGAUUUGCCAGCACAUUGGUGAUUGCUGAGCACAACAAUGAAAAUCUCACUCCAGUGACACUCAAUGCAAUAACGGCUGCUUCCAAGAUUGGUGGAGAUAUUACUUGCCUUAUUGCUGGCUCUCAGUGUACCAAGGCUGUGGAGAGUGCAUUGAAAGUGAAGGGAGUUGGAAAGGUCUUAGUUGCAGAAAAUGAUGCAUUCAAAGGAUUUCUUCCAGAAAGUUUGACUCCUUUGAUUGUUGAAAUACAAAAUAAGUUCAACUUCACUCAUCUCAUGGCCGGAGCUACUGCAUAUGGAAAGAAUUUGUUACCUCGUGUUGCAGCAAAACUUGAUGUGUCUCCUGUAUCUGAUAUCAUUGGAAUUAAGUCAGAAGAUACUUUUGUCCGAACUAUUUAUGCUGGCAAUGCUAUCCAAACUGUGCAAUCCACUGACCCUGUCAAAGUGAUAACAGUUCGAGGGACAGCUUUUGAUGCAGCUCCAAUUGAUGGAGGCUCGGGUGACAGUGAAGCAGCUCCCGCUGUCAAUAUUGAAAAUAACUACUCUACAUUCAUUAAUCAAGAAUUGGCUAAAAGUGAUCGUCCUGAAUUGACUAGUGCCAGCAUUGUUAUUUCUGGAGGUCGAGGAAUGAAGAGUGGGGAAAAUUUCAAGUUACUGUAUGACCUUGCGGACAAGAUGAAUGCUGCUGUUGGAGCCUCCCGUGCUGCAGUUGAUGCAGGAUUUGUGGCCAAUGAUUUACAAGUUGGACAGACGGGAAAGAUUGUGGCCCCGGAUUUGUACAUGGCUGUAGGAAUCUCUGGUGCCAUUCAACACUUGGCAGGAAUGAAAGAUAGCAAAGUGAUUGUUGCUAUUAAUAAAGAUCCAGAUGCACCCAUUUUCCAGGUCUCUGACUAUGGACUUGUCAUGGACCUUUUCAAGGCUGUACCUGAAAUGACAGACAUGAUAAAGAAGAGUUAA